GGUUGCCUCGCGCGCGGAUCUGCUGUUUGGAGAGACGAGGCGAGUCGAAGCGAGGCGAAGUGAGGCGAGGCGAGGCUAGUAAUACAGAAAAGCCAUGGGCAGAAGGAACAAAAGGAGCAGAAGGAGAACAGGAGGAACAGAAGCGAGGCUCGCCGCGAAGGUAGAACGCGCCGCGUGUACCGUGCACUUGGUGUACCGUGUAUUGAGAGACAGAGAAAACAACGGUCACGACGGGCUCGAACUCGAGAAGUUGAGUCGGCGAACCGAACCGCUCACCGAUUCCAAAGUCCGCCGGUAGGCUCAGUUGUCUCCGAACCCCCGAACAGUUCGGAUGUAGCUGAACCUCGCUUUUUCAGUUUUCAUUUCGGCUCUUCGCUUUUUCUCCUCCCCAACCGUCCCACCCAGCCGGCCCGUACCCCCCCGCGCUCGUCAACGAACGGAAUAAUCGCCGCUGCGUCGACGUUCUGUGCCCGGGUCCCGUCGUUUCUCUCGCGACGACGGUUCGUGCUCCUCGUGUCGAUUGUUUCCUCCCGAUGUGCAUCGGCGCCAGGCACGAUCCUCCUCGGUGAGUCCGCCAAACGCAGAAGGAGCAACGAGCGGAGGAUAGGAAAAAUCAGCGUUGUCGGGACACGAUCGCGCCUCGAGAGUGGGUUUUUUUUCUCGUUCGCCGAGCCGGACCGAGGGAUUUUCGGAUUCGAGGGAAACCAGCCGCGGAUUCGUUGCUCCCGUUUGUCGAGAACCGAUCGCGACACCGCGCGCGCGCGAUACCAGUUGGAGUACUCGCGCGUCCCGGAGAGGACCACUGAAAGGUGUCGGCCGAGGAAUUAGAAGACACCACAAGAGGAGAACGACGAGGAAGAUCGUUCGCCGCGCGGCUGGAAGAGGAUCGCAUCGUUAAAACGUAGCAACCACGUAGAAUGGUAACUUCACAACCCGACGGUACCAGAAGUGUUGGCGGCGGGGGCGGCGGUGAUGGCGGAGGCGGCGGCGGCGGUGGCGGCGGUGGCGGCGGCGACGAGACCGUUUACACGGUGACCGUGAGCGGGGUCGGUUACAGGAACGAGGGUUACAAGGACGAUGGCACUGACGGCAUACCGCCGGAACCCCAGAAACCGCCGCAGUUGUCGUCGACGGACGACGACACCCAGUCCCGGAAGUUCAAGCUAUCGCGUGGCGAGAAAUGGCGAAUCUUAAAGAACAUUGGCACCGUCUCGGUGGCGUUUAUGGUGCAGUUCACCGCGUUUCAAGGAACGGCGAACCUCCAGUCAUCGAUAAACGCUAGUGACGGUUUGGGUACUGUGUCCUUGUCGGCAAUAUACGCGGCGCUGGUGCUGUCCUGCAUCUUCGUGCCCACCUUCGUGAUCAAGAGGCUCACCGUGAAAUGGACGCUGUGCGUGUCGAUGUUGUGUUACGCACCGUACAUCGGCUCGCAGUUCUACCCGAAAUUCUACACCCUCGUGCCGGCCGGCGUGCUGCUGGGCCUCGGCGCGGCGCCCAUGUGGGCGGCGAAGGCCACGUACCUGACCCAGGUCGGUGGCGUCUACGCGAAGCUCACCGAUCAACCGGUCGACGCCAUCGUCGUCAGGUUCUUCGGGUUCUUCUUCCUCGCCUGGCAGACCGCUGAACUCUGGGGCAAUCUCAUCUCGUCCCUCGUGCUCAGCGAGGGAGAGUUCGGCAGCGGCGGUGGCAACAGCACCACCAACUUCAACAAGGUGAAGCUGUGCGGCGCGGACUUUUGCGUCCUUGGGAACGGAGGCCACGAUAACCUGGAGCGUCCUCCCGAGUCGGAGAUCUACGAAAUAUCUUCGAUUUACCUGACUUGUGUAAUCGUCGCCGUAAUAAUCGUCGCCCUCUUCGUUGAUCCCCUCUCGAGGUAUGGUGAAAAGCAACGACGGGUCGAUAGCCAGGAGCUCAGUGGUAUACAAUUGCUCUCUGCAACUGCUUAUCAACUGAAGAAGCCGUAUCAGCAACUUCUCAUACCGAUCACGGUAUGGAUCGGCAUGGAGCAGGCGUUCAUCGGAGCAGACUUCACACAAGCGUACAUUUCCUGCGCGUUGGGCGUGCACCGAGUGGGCUACGUAAUGAUCUGCUUCGGCGUGGUGAACGCCGCCUGCUCCCUGGUCUUCGGCUCCCUAAUGAAAUUCGUCGGCAGGCAGCCGCUGAUGGCGCUGGGCGCCAUCGUACAUGCUAGUCUUGUCGUCGUGCUACUUCACUGGAAACCGCACCCCGCGAACCCUUACGUAUUUUUCACCGUUUCCGGACUGUGGGGAGUCGGCGACGCGGUCUGGCAGACGCAAGUUAAUGGUUUGUACGGCACGCUGUUCAGGCGUAACAAGGAAGCCGCGUUCUCGAACUACAGGCUAUGGGAGAGCGCCGGCUUCGUGAUAGCGUACGCGUACAGCACCCACCUGUGCGCCCGUAUGAAGCUGUACGUGAUGCUGACGGUGCUGAUCAUCGGCACCAUGGGAUACAUCGUCGUCGAGCUGCUACACAGGCGUAAGCAGAGGAGGCUGAAAGCUAUCGCGGAGGAUCCGAAAGCCGCCCAGGCGGAGGCGAAUCAGGUGGAGGAGACCGACGACGAGAAGGACGAUAUCGACGACGAUAUCAUUAUCACGCACCUUUGAGCGACGCGUCGCGCACCGGCGAGGAACCACGUCACUGUACGCUCGGACCCGAUCGACUCUCUCCUACACCCGCCCACCCGCCAGCAUAACUCUUCUCAUUCUUCCGUAACCGCUCUCCGGGAACGGGUACGAUGAUUUUUCCGCGGCGAGAACGAAGAAGCGCGCUCGGGAUCCGAGCCAGAAAAAUCUUUCGCGACGCUGUUCACCUCGAUCGGAUUGAUUCCUUCGAGGAACGAUCCCGAUCACUCGCGGGGGAACCACGGAGGCGACGCCGUUAUUAGAAAGAAUAGAAAUUUCGGUCAGCGUUCGUCUCUCUGUCGUUACGAUCCGCUGAUCCUCCACGUUGGAACCUCGAUCGAACCGGAAACCCUUUUCGACGCGGUCAACCCGCGACUCGAUUAUUCGAGUCUCGAGUCCCGUGUUUUUCGUAGUCCCCAUCUGUUUCUCUUUUUGUUUUCUCGUCUCUUCUCUUCUCUAAUUUUCUUUCCUGCUUGAUUCCAUUGGACUCGACGCUCCUUCCUCGCGCGGAGAGUCGCGGCUUUCAGAGCGAAAGAACAGAACUCCGCGCUCCUCGGAUGGAGUUCGCGCGGAGGACACGCACGAAGGGUGAAACUAGACGGAGAGAACGCGAUGAAGAGCCAGAGACCGUUUCCGAGCUUGCCACAGAAACACGAAACGGCUCCGUUCACGAACGAGUAAACGUAUCGCUUGCCUUCACGGUGCUAGAAGCGCAUCCCGAUGCCAUAAUUUGCUUCCCCCCUCCCCGUAUGUGCGCGAGACACCACAGUGUUAUUUAACCAUGGAUCGUCGAGCGUCGAGGGUUCAGGUGAAUCGGUGAUCGAACGAAUUCGAAUUACAAAAGGAAGACGGGGAUCGCGAAAAUUGCGACCCGUGUUGUGUACAUAAUACGCCGAUGACGGGCGUUCGUAGGAGAGAAAAAGGAUGAAGCAAUGAAACUUGGAACAAUUCGAGUAACCCGUUGUUGUUUGUAUAUCUCUGUAAGAUGUAGGAACCUCCAUUUGCCACUAUGUGGAAGCGCUUCGUAGCAACUUGCCAUUUAAGUCUUAUCGGAAUUGUGUCUCAAUUUGUGAUAGGGAUCGGAUGUUCCUGGAAGAACGGUUCGGUCGCAUGAGCGUAUCUUGCGUAUAUAUAUUUAUGUGCAUGGUGUCUGGCGACAGGCAACAGAAAAUUUAGAGGACGAUCCAUCGCGACCGUGUAAUGCGAACAGUCUUAUUGGUCAGUCGAGAUCUCUGUCUCGCGAACAGCGCUGUUGGCGAAUUGUCACGGUCCCUAGAGAUACAGCAAAAAAGUAAAAUUAACGCGAAGAAUACUGUAUUAAUAUGUACUUUGUCAGUGACAAAUCGAAAAAUUGUAUUGAAUGUGUCAUAUCAAGCUGUAAUAACAGUGUGUUGCGUAACACACGCGUGUAUCCGUUUAAGUGCAUGAAGCACACAGCUUGUCCGACUCUGGUCACAGAGUCGCAGCGUCCAUGCAUUUGAUAUUGCAUUUCGCCCUUAAAUUUUCUGCCGUCCUUCGCCGAACACCCUAUACGUAUACAUAUACGGAUUUAUUUCGAACGUGUCACCUCCAGUUCGUCGACACCGGGUAAUCCGAUCUGUACGUAACCGAUUUCGCAGACUUCCUGUCGACGGCCACGCGACGUCGCUCGGGUGCGAAACGGAGGGGAAAGAACGGAGAACGAAACACCCAGAGAGGGCAGGGAAUUGUACAGUUUUAGUUACCUGUAUGUUGCCUCUGAUUCAGAUCUCUGUACAGACUCGCGGCGAGUUUCCAUUCUGUCCUGUCGGAUUGAAAGCAGGCUGGGUCUGUUAUAUCGUAUCGUAGCAGGGCUGUGCGACUACGUGCUUAAUCGACGAACUGAAAACGCGAACGCGAGACCUUUGGAACGAUCCGAGACGGAAGGAGGACGCUUCGCGUCGUCGAAGGUCCGAUAUAUACACCCGACAAAAAGAAACACGAGGGGGAAAAAUAUUGGUUUCCCUUUUCACGCAUGUCUCUCAUGUACUACACAGGCAUUUCUGCCGGGAUCGACGGUCGAUCGCGGCACCGCUAGAUCGCGGAUGCUUGAUUAGCAAGGAUUCGAUUCUCCAAUUGUUUCGACUGUUCAAAUUAGAAAUCGAGUGACCAUCCGCUGUCUAGUUACUUCUUUAAACACACACACACACAUACACACAAAUACAUAGAAACACACAGACAUACAUAAGUGAAAUCGUCAUUAGAAGAGCCUUUGAGUGCGUUAGGAUGAGUAUCGAGAGAUCACAAACGUGUUUAUAGCGAUAGACGUUAAGCAACAUUUGUAGUCGAUAAUUUAACGGAUAAGUUAACAACGGAUGCAAAAUUCAUUUCUUAUCAAUCGUCCCUUUAUUGUCUCACACGAUUCGACGAGGAACGGGUUUUCGUCUUUGUUCGUUCGCAGGGAGAAAUUAUUCAUGAGCGACAACGCGAGAACCGAAGUCAACGGGGACAACGUUGUUGUUGUUAGAAACGUAAGAUCUUCCUUCACCUGCUCCUCGAUCCUCGAUCAAGCCCCUGUCCUUUCCUUGCCCUUCCACCCCUACCCCCACCACCUUCCGCAGAAAAAAAGUGUACGGUAAUUUGUACCGAGUAUCGAAUCAGUAUUCGUUACCCACGAUCGAAUUGUAUUACGCGUUUUAGUAUUUACGACGAUUUAUGUAUGAUGAACAUACCGACAUAUUGUAUCGUAAACGGCGUCUCUCUCAGCAAUAUGUAUUCCGUCCACCAAUCGACAAGAUUGCUCAAGGAUCUUAACCAUAAGAGUAGAGUAACCGAAUAAAACGUAUAUGCCGCAUCUAUAUAUUUUUUAUAUACAUAUAUAUUAUACGUAUAUAUAUAUAGUAUAUAUAUAUAUAAUAUAUAUAUGUAUAUAUAAUGUUAUAUAUCGCCGUUUCGAUGGAGUUUCGCAGUUGCCAAGAGAAAACGGGGGAUCGUGUUACCACGAUUCCGGAAAUGACGCUGUCCAACGCGAAUUUUAGCCUGCAACACGCAUUGGAUGAUCAUUAUAGGCAAUUUUUUUAGGCAGAACGACGAAUCUGAAAAUUCAUUUUCUUUAAUUGGUCUCCGCGAAUGAAUCGCGAAAUUUCAGAAAAUUCCAGUUUGAAGAGGAAUAAUCGAUAACAAUCGAGAAAAAUGAAUUUCAGAUUCGUAUGCAAGUGCACGGGAACCUAUGACAAUCGCUGAUCGAAUGUCGAAGAAUAGGAAGGAUAUUAAUAUUCGUUGGACAGUGUAAUAAACGUCGUCCGAACAAAAUUUCGUAGUUCUGCAGUUCGUCUUCCAUGGAAUGGCUCGAUUUAUAUUGUUAACAUUCUCUCUCCCCUUCUAUUUUUCUUUCGAUAGUUGAAUAGACGUAGAAAAUGAACCAGUGACCACAUAAUGUCUUUGUCCCCUUAAACGGAGUAUCUAUGCCGGGAUGGAUAAUUCGAGGAAAGUAUUAAAUAUAAUACUCUUUACAGGUGUGUAAAGACAUUUAAUGAUUACCGCGUUGCUUCCCGACGUCGGAAGGCAAUUGUUUAUUAUAAAAUAUAUAACAGGAUACUUGUUGGUAAUUAUUUGUCACCUGCGACAAGAUUCUUCUGACGAGGGAACCUUACUCCGGAUUCAAAGGGGGAAUGCGGUAUCGAAUGAUAAAGAAUACGAUUCUUUGAACGUAUUUCUUAGAAACAUAAAUUUAUUUUCGAUUCCUGUUAGAUUUACUUUGUACAGGAUCUGCUACAUUAGAUUUUGUCCUGCGAGUAGGAUACACAAUAACGACGUGUGUCUAUAGUGCUGUUCGGAGUGCAGGCUAACAAAACGAUUUCUUUCUCCAUUGAUUCGUAAAUUCUUGUAAAUAAAGAAUAUUUUUGUUGCUUAAACUUUCCGAGAGAAAGUUACCCGGUACGCGGAAAUCAUUUCUGUUAUAACGUAUCGGAAUUAGUUUACGAAUAAUGCUACUUUUAGGAACCAAUAACAAAGUUUUUGAAUUGACGAAAAAGAAGGAACAAUAGAAUAUAAACCCUUCUUUUUAAACGAAUUGAACUCGUUGUGUUCGAUAAAACGUAAGUAUACAUUACGCACUCUGUGUUAUAUUCCAUAAAUUAUUGUUAUUUAUUUAUAGAUUCUCCUCUUUUCAAAUAGAUCAAUUAGGCCACUUGAGCAAAGUAACUUAAUGUAUACUUAACUAUUCCAGAAUCGACUCACUUAACGUUUACUUAAACUCCUAAAAUCGUUUAAACAUGUCCCCAUUAUCGAAAGGCGAAGAACAUACGGCUUCUUCGGAAUAAACUCUAAUUGAUUAACAACUAUCUAUGACUAGCACUCAAUCGAAAUUUACUUAACGCUACGAUCGCAUUUGUACAAACUCUCACGUUACAUCGUGUGCGAAUGUGCGUGCACCUUUGCAAAAUAUAAAUGGAUUAUUUGGUUUGCAGUUCAUGCAAGCUUGUGCCUAUCUGCACAUACCAGGAUCAAUGCCUGAUUUCUCUUUGUGUAGAUUAUACAAAUUUCUUUAAUAUCCCUUUACCGUUACAAAUGUCUAAUUGACGUUAUUAAUAAUUGUCUCUUCUAACCGAUGUACGCUCGUUGAAAUUGCACAUUACACAUGCAACGAAACUAUUAACUAUCCACGAAUGGAAAAGAAUUGAGACUUUCUAUAGAAUUCGUUCAACGUGCAAGCUUUUAAACGUUUGAAAAAUAUAUUUGUUCGAUGAAAAAUGUUAGUUUCUCUCCGAGUUUAUAUUCAAAGUGAUACAUUUAACUCAUACAUACUUCGAUUUAGUAUCUUCGUUAUAUUUCUACUAUCUAAACAGAACGUUUUCUAAAACAUUAAAAUUUUUAAAUCUAACGCAGUAGUUAAAAUUUAACAUUCGAAUGCAGCGGCAACCAUCGGUAACGAUUCAAAUAUUCGUAUCGCAUCGAUGCAAACGUAAACAAGGAUCAUCGGCGUCGACCGACAAUAAAAUAAUAUACUUAAACCUAUUGAAUCGUCGUAUGUAUAUGUUAAUAACAAAUUAGAAACUACGAAGUCCCCUUGGAAGAUACAGUAAUUCGAAAAUAGGAGCUAUUUAUACAAAAAAACGAACGACAUCCUCGCGAAAACAAUUCUUCGGAGUUGCUUCGCAACAUUAUAUACAAAAUAUAGCGUGAUAUGUGUGCUAAAAAAUCACUGAUAGUUCAGUAACAUUCGCGGUGUCUAGCGGUAAUACCACGAAAGACAGGAAUCUGUUUGAAUAUUGUCAAUACAUGAAAAAACAACGAUCACGUUUCUCGCGCGAUCGCGAUAAAUUUAUUCCAUGUCGCGCAAGGACGAAUGGAAAUCAUCGAUAAAACCU